AUGCGGUCCAAGCUGGACAACGCUGUCGCGCUGCUGCGGUCGGCGGCCACCGCCGACGGCUUGCUCAUCCACGGCGUCGACCUGCGCAUCGCCAUCGAUGGCAUGUCAGCCGCUGCCGCCUCGGACCUCGCCGCCGUCUUGGCCGUCUACCCCACCGGCGUGCUGCCAAAGGACAAGUUCAAGUUCUGCUACGACAUGUACAACGAGCCGUACGAGAAAGAGGACGUGCACCGAGGCGUUGGCGCAGUGCUCAAGCCCUCGGGUCCCUUCCACCUCGCGCUCUCGCACAUUGCGAUCCAGCGCGCCGACGUCACGCCGCCGACGACGCCGCUUGCCCGUUCCAAGGGGUCGUUUGGCACGCUCCUGCUGGUCCACACGUCGAACGCGACGGGCGGCGACGUGACCGCGACGCUCGACGCAUCGACCGCGACAAACUCGCUCGAGGCGACGAGCUACUUUGCCUACUACAACGAUUGCACGGUCGCCAUGACGCCGAUCACGAAAGGCACGCGCGUCAUGCUUGUCUUCGAUCUCGUCUACGCCGACCUGACGCAGCCGCACCGGACGCGCCCGAUGGACCUCUCGGCGCAAUACGCCGAGCUGCACGCGCUCAUGACGGCGACGCGCCAAGCCCACACGCUCUAUGCGGUGCCGCUGUGCGACCACUACGACGACUUUGAAGGCCUCGAGUUUGACGAGCUCCCGGUCCGCGACACGCAACUCGUCGAGCGUCUCUUGGCUGCCAACUGCGUCGACGUGGCGCUCGUCUUUGCCAAGGAACCCGAGCCAGCGCCGACGCGCCACCGAACCGAUGGCACCAACAGCAGCGAUUUUUCCGCCCACGACCGAAAUGCGAUCCUCGACCUCUUGGGUGGUCGCGGGCUCCACGGCUCGGGGCUCCUGGACGACCUCCACGGCUCGGGGCUCCUGGACGACCUCGACGGCGAGGGCAGCGACAACGACGACGGCGACUCGGACGACGAGGAAGACAGUGAUGACCUUGACGACGAAGACGACGAAGACGACGAAGACGACGAAGACGACGAAGACGACGAAGACGACGAAGACGACGACGACGAUGACGACGAUGACGACGCCCAUGACGAUGACGAGGAUGACCAAGAUGGUUACGAUGACGAGGACGACCACGCGUCACUGUACGACGCCGCUUCGGGUGGAGCCGGGCCCAAGCACAUCAUCGAGUACAUCUUCCCGCCUUCGUCCAGUGCGCUCCCAACGGCCUAUCACGACAUGCUCCUCCACAAGCCGUUGCUGCACCGUCUCAAGCACACGGCGCCGCUGGGCGUGUUUCCGUCGCCCAGCGCGCCGACGCCGUACAUUGUGUUUUGGCCGCGCCACCACCGGCUGCGCGUGCUCGGCUUUCGUGCGGCGCUCGCGCAGCUCGACGCGCUCGUGUCGAGCGCGUCCACCGACCUGUACGGCUACGCCUCGAUCGAGUCGUUUGCAGAUGCCGUUGUCGACAUGGUCGGUGCCACCACGGACGUCGGGCUGCUCCAUGACAACCGCAACAUGCCCGACGUCGUGGCGCUCGGUCGACUCCUCCUGCGCUUUGGCAACGUCCGUCUCUUGCAGCACGUGGUCGGGCAGGCCAUGAGUCUUGUCGAUUUUGUGUUUGCCAGUGACGCCCUGUGCGCGCUCGUGGUCGAUAUGAUCCGCGCCGUGGGCUGGGAGCCGUUGUAUGGGCCACUGACGACGCUCUUGUCCAAGCCGUCGGCCGAGCUCAAGGACCUCGUUUCGGGCGCGGCGCUCAUCGCUUCGCUGCGGCCCAUCGAACAGCCGUUCAUGUACGAGUGCAUCCAAGGCUGCUACUACACGCUUCUCGGCCAGCUCGUCCAGCUCCAAGAAGAUGACUGCCUUGGUGACGACGAAGUCGAUUUGCUUGUGGACCUUGUUCGCAUCGAGACCCAUCUCGCCACCGACUUGGUCACGUCGGACGGCGCCGGUGCGUUCCUCGGCGACCGCCUUCCGGUCGGCAUUCUGCAAACGGUUGCGUCCUUUGCCAAGCCGAUGGAUCUCUAUCCGCUGGUGACCCAAGUGCUCGCGACGACGUUUGACCCGAUCGAUGCGGUGGCGGCGGCGGUCGUGCGCCUCCAAGACGAGCUGCCGGCCGCGACGUUGCUGCCGUAUCGAACGCUCGUGGCAACGACGGUCGACACGACGCUACGCCGCAAGAAGCUGACCAACGACCACGAUCCAAGCUCGUGGGCGUGUUGCUUGGCGCUGCUGCUCGACACGGCGUCGUUCGCGUCCAAUCUCGAGCUUUUUGUGACGAUAGCGUCGCCCUCGAUUGUGCUGUCGACGCUGCAGACCUUUCUUGCGCGCUGUACGGUCCCUCUGGCAACUGCGGCGGCGCUCGCCAGUAGCAUUGUGCGCGCAGUGUCCACGGUCUUUGAGCUGCCGUUUAGUGAAACGCCGUACGACACACAAGUUUUGCGUGACGUGGUCUUUGAUGCGUGGACCGCACUCCACCAGCUCGGCCACGAAAGCUCCCUCGGCCCCGAUGUUGUGAGCGCCGUGCUCACGUUCUGGGGCACAGUGCCCAAUGACAAGCGCAUCACGGUCGCCAUUGAAGUCGUGGCCAUGUGGUUUCUCAAGGCGACGUCACGUGACGUGCUGCGGCCCUUGGUCGUCGCCGUCGUACCGGUGCUGGAGGGCUUUGUGGCUACGCUACCGCGCCCGAGUCCGCCGUCGUGGGCGCUGACGUCGCUCGCCUUGCCGUGCGCAUGUCCUGAGUGCAGCUCGGUGCUCGCGUUUGCAAGAGACCCGAGCCAAGGCAUCCUCCAGAUCCCAGACGGCCCCACGUGCCUUCACUUUCACGGCGUCAUUGAGCGCCGGGACCCGUUUGCGGACAUUGAAGUCCGGCCGUGCGCGACUACAAGGAGGCCCACGAGGUGCUAA